GCAUGAGCUCGCCAGCUGUAGGAAUGUCUGACUUUCCCUCUACCAGCCUUCCGUCCCUCUACCCCCACCUCUCUCUCUCUCUCUCCCAUCCCACUCCUCCUCCUCCUCUCUCUCUCUCUCGCUCUCCACCUCUUGCUCCCUCCCUCUGUCACACACAAACACAGACUGCAGCGGCAGAGGAUGGAGAUCUCCCGUAACUGCUCCCGUCGCCAGUGAGUGCCUGCCCUGCGCUGUGCGUGUGUGUGUGUGUGUGUGUGUGUGUGUGUGCGCUCGUGAGCGUGUGUGUGUGUGCGUGCAUCUCUCCAGCCGGGACGGGAGCCAGGCACGCGCAUGUGCAGGUGCACGCGUGUGUGUGCAUGCGUGCGUGAGUGUGUGUGCACCUCUGCUUCUCGCUGACUCUUGAAGGGAACCUGUACCUGAUUCUGGCUGGGGACUUUUGAGCCAUUUUUGCUUACACCGAAGCUGGGGGGGUGGGGGUGGGGGGGCUGGGGACCUGCAGAGAUGUUAGCAGCGCUGCUGUAGCCCUUCCUCAUGCCUGGACCAUGGAGGAGGACCCCAGCGCGAGAGCCUCUCUCCCCCUGUAAAGCACAGGACACUCACUGGGAGAACCGGGAUCUCUCCCGCUCCACCCGCUCAGCCGGCAAUUCGCCUUGUGAGGAACCAUGGUGAGCAGGGAGGCUGGCAAAUGCACGCUCACCAACUCGGAGUCCGACUCAGAAGCGGCGCCCUCUCUGGCCCUGGAGGAGAAGUACAGCCUGGACCCCAGCAGGCAGGUGCGCAAGCGGAACAAGGCCCUGCAGGUGCGCUUCAAGGACAUCUGCGAGGCGCAGAACGAGCAGCGGGAGGCCGCCAAGCAGGCGGGCGGGAAGGGCGCCAGGCCCGUGUCCUACAAAAUGGCGUACCGCAAGUACAUGACCGUGCCCGCUCGCCGCUCCAUCCCCAACGUCACGCGGAGCACGGGCGUGCAGACGUCCCCGGACCUUAAAACGCGCUACCAGACCUUCCCCUUCGAGCGCAAGAAGGGACACACCUUCAAGCACUCCGCCGCGGUGGAGAGCUUCCAGGGUCAGGACAACGGCUUCCCGACGGACGCGGCGGGGCCGAAGGACGCCGAGAGCCUGGGGGGCUCCGCCCGGUGCGUGGCCAAGGUCAGCCACCAGACGCGGGCGCUCUUCCACGCCAUGGACUGCGCCGACGCGGCCGAGGACCUCCCCGCCACCAACUGCGCGGACGGGGCCGCGUGCCCGGAGUCCUCGCUGGUCAGCUGCUCCGAGGACUCCCGCCGCUUCCCCAGCACCUCGGACUCCAGCGCCGACGCCGACUUCCUGGCGUACGGCGACGGGCCCGAAGGCCGCAGGGGCCCGCUCCGGGCGGAAGGGGGCCCGGACCCCUCGACCGGACGCCAGCUCCGGACCUUCAGGGAGGCCUCGUCCAGGUCUUUGGAGGACGCGGGUUCGAAGGUGACGGAGCCCUUGGCCUGGAACUCGCUGACGCAGGUGGAGUGCCUGGACAGCCCGACGCUGCGCAGCCGGCGCAGGCAGGCCCUGGAGCUGAACGGCCUGCAGCUGCAGUCGCAGGCCCUGCUGCACGCCGGCUGCUCCGCCCAGCCACAGUGCCACCCCCGGCCUCUGGGGGCACCAGAGGACGCCGGGGCGUGUCCCGGGGGCGCGGCCGUGGCGGCCGCGGGCCAGGCCUGCAAGCAGAUAGUGGCCGUCGCUCAGGACGGGGACCUCAAAGUGCAGCUUCAGGCGAUGGAGAACCUGAUCAGCUCCAGUCAGGAGACCAUCAAGGUCCUGCUGGGAGUCAUUCAGGAGCUGGAGAAGGGAGAGGCUCACAGAGAAGGGCUCUCCUACCGAACAGGACAGGACACGGACAACUGCGACACGUGUCGGAACAGCGCCUGCAUCAUUUACAGUGUGGAGCUGGACUUCAAGCAGCAGGAAGAUAAACUUCAGCCGCUAAUGAAGAGACUGUGCCCUACUGACGACCUGCCCUUCCCCUCCCUGCCCUACCCUCAAGAGGCGUUCACCUCCACCCCAAAACGCAAGUCCAAAACAGAGUCAAAGAAGCACGCCCGCUGGAAACUCUGGUUUCUAUGAAAGUCUGGAUUUUUUUUUUUGGAUAUGGGGAGGAGCUCUUUCAAGAGGUACUUGAUUCCUAUUUGUCAAUCUCUCUGCCCCAGGAGAUGGAUACCAGUGACCUUGGAUACCACCACAAAGGAAAAGUUACAAACCUAUGGUUUGGUUUAAAAAUAAAUAAAUAAAUAAAUAAAUAAAUAAAUAAAUAAAUGUUUACCAAGAAAUGGAAAAAAAAAAGAUUUCAACUUUUAACUAAUUUCUGGAAGUGGGCUAUGGAAUAACACCAUGGCAAAUCAGCUCGCUGGGGAAAAAACAUUGGAUUUACUUUUUCCUUUUUUUGAAAACAACUUUUUCGGGUUAAAAAUGUUUUACACAGUGUGACAAUGCAACGGUGUCACUUUUUAUUCACUUUGGCACUUGAAUUUUUGUCUUUUUCUGCCUGCCUUUUGUCUUUUUUUUUGUCUUUUUUCCUUUUCCAAAUGAUGGCCAUGGUGUGGAAUAAUCUUUCUGGAAUAGAGGAAGAACCAGGAACUGUGUGGAACACAUAUUUCACUAUGAAUUACUAUAACAGCAUAUCAACAUAUAGGCAAAGCACAAACAGCUUUAUUUAACGGCUGAUUCAUAAGCGUAUAAACACAGAGUAUAAAUGUAUAAGCAUACACAUAUACACAAAACCCAUACACUAUAAUGCUAUAAUUAUGUGAAAUUAUAAGAGACAUAAAAAACCAGGACAUAUCCCAGCUCUUUUGGCCCUAUCUGAAAGUGAUCAUAAAAAUAGAAAUAGUGAAAAGUGAUUAUUACAGGGCUAAGACAGGCAGUGGCAUAGCUGCUGAUUGGAUACAAGCUGGAACUAAACAGCUCUGUUUCCAUAGCUACAGUAACGGUUUCCUGUUUGGCUGCUGCAGACACAGUAGAUAUGCCACAGUUUGGCUUAACUCUAUUUUAAUAACUAUGAUUUGAACUGGGAAGUAUUGUAGCUCUACGCAUACUGAAUUUACAGUUACCAACUGUAAUAUACAAAAGAAUGAAUAAAAAAGUGCUAUUUUUCUAUAGAUAUUUAUUAUAUUACGCAACUCAUUGUAAUUUUCUAAAAAUAAAAAAGUAUGUGAAAAGAGAUGAAUAACUAAAGAUAAAUCACUUAAAGGUCCUUCGGUUUAUCAGGCUGUUGUAAAACGGUUGACUGUUUGUAAAUUGCACAGUAUUCUUUUAUUUUUUCCUGAGAGCUUUUCAUAACAAGCUUUGAGGUUGAAAACAAGCAUAUGAAACUAAAAAAUAAGCUUUAUUGUCACACUUCUUGAAAAAGGCUCUUUUUUUUCCCAAACCUGUCUUUGUCUCUCAUGCACAUGCAGACUGAAGCCAAGCUAUCACAGCUAACACACAGCUAGUCUAAAGCCAAGCAAACCUGCUUACCUCCAACAAAAAAAGUGCCCAGAAAAGACGUAGAUGAGUUUUAAUCUCUACUUUAUUUCUUUUUCUGGAAGAAGAUAACAGUUUUUAGCAUCCGGGGACAGCCUAUCCUGUGAGUGUUUUUGCUUAUCGCACCCAUCAGAGUAAUUAAACAGUAAGAGGCUGCUACUUUAGCACUGCUGCUACAUUAUGAGCUCCCCCAAACAGCCUAUUCAUACAUGCAUCUCAGCUCCUUACAAUCCCGGACAUCCUAAUCAAAUUCAUACCAGUGCCCUCUGUUUUAGUAAACAUGGCUUCAAAAUAAAUGUACAAUUUAUAAUUUAGUCAACUAGCUGACGCUUUUAGCCAAAGCGUGUUACAAAAAUUCUUUUCAUAUGGUGGGUAAAUAGACUACCUCCUCCUCCUUCCAAAAAUAAAUAAAUAAAAAAAAUUAAAAGACAUAAAUAAUUUUUAAAAAGCUGUCAUGUUUCCAGUCAGUAUUUGCAUGAAGAUCUGCUUAGAGGGCUAAGCUAGCGAUGGCAGAAGGUCUCACAAAACUACAAAAAUGGAGGAACAUAUGCUGUUAGUCACUAACCACCUUGAUCCAAUCGUUGGGUUUUUCUGUGGAGAACAAUAUUUUCAGUGAUUGGCUCCACCAAUUGUAGCUCCACCUACUAAUACAGGGUUUGAGAUACCUCAAUCUCCACACUAAAAUAAUUUUUGGAGUGCUCACUGCCUAUGUUUUAGAGUGAGUACUGAUGAGAACUGAAAAACUUCCCAGAAAUGAUAUCGCUGCUAACACAUUUUAAAAACACAGCGCCAUGUUAAGGUAUGAUAGAAUGGCAACUGAGCAAUGUAAUUACAUUACAAACUGGUUUAUAUGCCAACAUGUAGAUACACAGUGGUUACUCUAGCUAAUAAUAACAUGAUCACUGGGUGGUAUUGAAGGUCAGUCACCCACGUAGUGUGAAUGAAGGCAGGAAAUGCAUUCACAGAAGGCAUUCCUUCUCAAAUGCUAACACAUCGCUUCAUUACUUCCCUUUCAGUUCAGCUGAACAAUGCAGGUGGGUUAUGAACUGUGCACACAAAUACCAUGCCCAAAGUUUUUAUUUAUUUCUGUUUUUACAUUAACCACUCACACAGCUCUACAUAAUGGGGUUCUGAAUCUCCAACAUUUCUACUGUAGCAGACUGAGAGGAAUAGAUGUGUAUCUAUACCUUAAGGAAGUGCAAUUUAUUUAUUAUGUGCAAUAUGAUGUAUUUUAUACUGUUUUUAAGGCAAAGAAAAAAACAUUUAUGAUAUAAAAUUAAAUGUUGGAAACUA